CUAUUUUCUCGUACUGUUAUACAUGUAUGUUUAUAUCCGAACGUGUUUUUAUCGAUUCUAUCGACGAAACCGUAGAAUUAUUGCACAAGUCUCGUAUACUUUGACAGCCUAGUCACAAGCAAUCUUCUGGGAUUCCUCAAGGCCAUUAACGUCACACACAUCGUAUUCAAACGACGUUCCGUAUCCAUCUCGUUAAGGAAUAAUAAGAAAAAUGAAAUACCUUUAUUCCUUAUUAAGGGAAAAAUAAAUGAACGGUUAUUUUAUACGGAAGACUAUCUUAACUUAUGAAAUUAUGCCGUCGUUAAUAUGAAUUCAAUGAAAAUCGAUAUGUCCGUUCGAUGACCACGAACGUUUAUGAAGAAUAAAAAGAAAGAAAUAAGAAAUAAAGAAAAAGAUAUUACGCGGACAGAUACGACUAGAAUUUUAAUGUGAUUUUUAAGGUCACGCGUAUACAUUGAAAAAGGGUAGACCACAGUCACCGAGAACUCAGAACGUUUUUAGACAUGGCUACGUGCGUUAAGUGCCUAUUCCUCAUUUUUUCUUCUAUCUUCUUCGUGCUCAUGAGAGCAGACGAUCGCGUGCAUUUCAACGAUGAACACGAGAAACGAUGGAACACACCACCGGAACUGACACCGGAGCAGGUUACCAGGAAAAAGCCGGAGACGAUAAAUGGAAGAGCAGAGGCACGAUUUCUUCCAUUCAGUGCAAGCUUCAGCCUAAACGGUGCCCAGGACAAUAGAGAGGCUUUGCAAUUGGGAGCAGCCCUCGGGGGUAUCAGUGUAUCUCAAAGUUCUAGCUUCUCUAAAGCUGAAGCCAAUUCCUUUGGGAAUACUGGAUCUUCGCUAUCCGCUAGUCAAUCCUCGUCAUUCGCCGCAGGAUUAACAGGAAUUUCUGCGUCUAACGCUAAUUCAUUCAAUGUAAAUCAUCCUGUUUUCGGUGGGCACUCAAAUGCCAAUAGCAAUUCAUUCAAUAUUGGUCAAGCGAGUACUUCCUCGCAAGCAAACGCACAAAACGGUCAGGCAAGUUCUGGUUCGCAGGCAUCGAUCGGUUCCGUGCAUUCUUCAGCAUCAUCCAGUAGCAAUGUGCAUGUUCUCUCUGAUGGUCUGAUAAUAGGACAACCACAGGGACCAAGAAAACCGGUCUGGACCAACAUCGGACCUAAUCAUGAUUUCCCCGGCCAUCCUAUCUCUAAUAGACCUACAGUAACCAUUAAAGACCCACCAAUUACCAUUGAACAAAAACAACCGAUAACGUUGACAUUAGGUAAUUACAAUCAACGCUGGCAAAAUAAUAGACCACAGCUUCAAGUGAACGAGUGGCAUCCUAACGGAGAAGUCAACUUUCAAGGACAUCAGUGGAGGCCACAUUCGAAGCACGAGUACGCUCAAGGAUAUCCGUCAAUUCCUAACUCGUGGUUGCAGGGUCAAGGACAGUCAAGUGGAGGUUUACACAUCACCGUACCCUCAGCUGAUUCUAGUGCCUCAUCGAACUUCGGAGUUUAUACUCAAGGACAAGCUACUUCGGUCCAUCGGAAUCCCUAUGGACGAAACGAAGGUGGCUUUGCUAAUGUCAAUUCCAUGAGACAAAACGGUCCAUCUGUCGACUUUGUCAAAUUUCCAGGACAAACUAAUAUUCAAAGUAUACCGCGAGAAUUUGUCAGGAGCAAACAAACGUUCGACGGCAAACAUCAAAUAGAAAGAAAGGAUUUCGUUGAAAGUAUCGUGUCAGACAUCACGGAUACAGUAUCGGAUUUAUUAGAUAUUUCGUAAUUUCACUCCUCUUGAUCUAUUGACUAUGUUUUAAUUAUAGCUCAUCCAUUUGACUCCCGAUCGUAGGUAUUCGAUCAAUGAUUAACGAUCCGCCGAUUACUUCCUUCUCAACGUUAUCCUUACUCCAGGACUCAUUCCGAGAAAUUGAUCCACGUUGAGAGAUACAAAGAAUCAAUAAUUGAUUUUCUCAUAAAUCUCUCUACAGGGAUUAUUUAUCGUGACGUCGCUUUCCAUCGCAUGAAACAUUCUUUAAUUAAAAAUAUGACGAUAUCUGUCGAAAACGAUUUUGAUUCUGCGAAUCAAAGAACGUAUUUUUACGGAUAAGAAAAGAAAAGAAUUUUCAUAAAUCAACGAUUAACAAUGCGCCGACUAUGCAAAAACAUCUAUUUAUUUUCUCAUUCACAUUACUGCCAGAUGCGUCAGUUCCGGCGUUUAAAUGGGUGAAGGUCAAAGUGCACGAUCAAUGAAAUUCAUAAAACAUAAAUUUUUAGCUCCAUCUUUUAAAUAUGAUAUAUCGAUAAUAAAAGAUUAUCUACGAAUGAUAAUAUCGUUCACGCUAUUAUGAACUGACGGUAACAACGAUUUCUUCUUUAACAUCUGUUGGUACAUUUAUCGAGAUAUGAUAAAACAAAAUAGAGAUUAUAUUGCAUAAGAAAAAGAAAAAAAUAAAUAAAUAAGAUAAAAUAUCAUAUAUAAAGAAAUCUACUUUAUCUAUGCAAAAAUUUGUGUUCGAUUCUCAUUUAAGUCAAUACUCGUUAAUGCAAUCUAUUUAUUUAAUCUACUUAUAAGAAAAAUGAAAAAAAAAUAUUGAAAAUAAUCUCCUAGUAAACUGUUCGAUGAUACAAUAGCAACAAUAGUAGUAGUAGUAGUAGUAGUAGUAGUAAUAAAAAAAAAAAUAAAUAAUAAUAAUAAUAAUAAUAAUAAUAAUAACAAAAAAUCCAAAGGGACAAGGUAAGUCUGCAAUUAUGUUACAAGGAGAAGUACAGUCGGGGUUAUUAUUUGUAUUAUUAGACGAUCUAUAAUUAUUAUUGGAACGUUACAGACAUUAUACGUGUAAGACUCGUACGUGCAACAAAUGAUCGAAGAUCAGGCGAGCGAGAAAUAAUGAAAGAGAGAGAGAAAGAAGGAGAGAAAGAGAAAAAGAGAAAAAGAGAAAGAGAGAGAGAAAGAGAGAGAGGGAGGGACUAAAAACUGAUUGCAUGAAACGUGAUCACUACACUCACGAUAAUCAGUAUCCAUGAAUUUUUCUCUCGAUUAAUUUGCAAUGUUUUAGUAGGGGAAGAGCUAGUGACUAAUUGAAAGCCAGCUUGGAUUCUGAAAAUCCCCGAUCAAUUAUGACGCACUAUAGAAUUAAUCUUCCGGAUGCUCUAUAAUAACAUAGAGAGAAAGAGAAAGAGAGAGAGAGAAAGAGAGAAGAAGAG